AUGCGCACCCGCUCCACCCGCAACGCCAAAAAGCGCCUCGCUUCGCCAGCGCCCUCCCCGCCACCACCACCAGAAUCGGCCCUCGCAGCGCUCAUCGAAGUAAAAGGCGACCACCCCAACUACGCCGCCCACCUCCAAUACCUCGAAAAGCACCCGGAGUACACACAAAAGGCCGCCUGGUCCGUCUUCAUCCACCUCUCCCUGCAGCGCCUGUCGGUGCGGUACUACAACCGGGUAGUCUACGAGCUCCGUGCUGCACCCCGAGGUAUGUCUAUUGCGGCAGGCCGCGAGUGGGCGCGGAGGGUGUUCCGCGGUGGUAUUCUGUUCGCUGAGGAGGAGGUGGGAGAUGUGUGGGGGGUUGUGAGGGCGGAGAUGCAGCGGCUGAGGAUCUGUGCGCGGGUGGCGGAGAGGGAGAUGGAUGUGUUGUGGAGGGUUGUGCAGGCGUGGAAAGAGGAGGGGUGGGAUGGGAGGAAGGCGAUCUGUUGGGCGCAUUAUGAGAGGAGGUGGAUGGGGAGGUUGAGGAGGGAGGGGGUUGUGGAUGAUAUAUUUGAUGUUUUGGUGUGA